UGAGUUUGUUCGAAUCGCGCGUGCGCUGAUGGCCAAACUUCCGCCGCGGACGGCCGAACAAGAGUACAGAAUCGAACGCUGGUUUAAUAAACCUGUCUGUUAUCCCAAACCGUCAUCCUUGUCUGUGGCCAUCUAGUUUCAAAAUGCACGGCAUCGCACGCGUUCUUUUCAGCUGCUUAACUGUUACUCUCGCCACAGCUCUCCCAUGUGAGCGAAGCAACAAAGGUGCAGACUUUGUUGUCUUUGGAGACAGCUGGUCAGACAAUGGCAACACAUUUGCGUUGACAAACAAGGCUUGGCCUACAGCCGCUUACUACCAGGGACGAUUUUCGAAUGGACCGCUCUGGCUCGAGUAUCUCGCCGAAUCGCAAAAGGUGGACUUGCAAGAUUACGCCUUUGGAGGCGCGACUACCAACAAUACCCUUGUCCAAGGAUACACCGGUAGUGCCUCCGAUAUUGCGGUACCCAGUGUGAUCGACCAAGUCGCUACAUACCUGCCCCACUUUUCUCCCAACAACGUCCACGCGUUCUGGGCCGGUGGGAACGAUGUGUUCUUUGGGCUUUCGGCAGGCGUAACAGGAGAUCAAGUUGCUGCCAAUUUGUUGUCCAGCGUGGAGAAGCUAUCUUUGUCAGGUGCAAAAGCCUUCCUUCUCUUCCAACUCCCUGCCUUGGACAAACUGCCUUACUUUGGCACCAAAGAAAAUAUUCCCCUGCAACCCCUCUUUGCCAAGUGGACCACUGACUUCAACACGGCGUUGACUACCCGCGCGGCCGCAUUCCGUGCUCAACAUCCGGAUGCUGCGGUUCAAAUCUUUGAUACCCACCGCUUCAUUGACAGUGAUUUGAAGGGCUACGAUAACGCUCAGGUCGCAUGUUUGAAUGCAACCACCCAGCAGGCAUGUGCCGAACCAGACAAGCAUGUGUACUGGGAUGCGUUCCACUUUACAACAAGUGUACACAAAGAUAUUGCCAAGGAAGUCGGCAAGCUCGUAAAGGAUUGGUUAAAAUAGUAGACACAUUGUGCUAGAAUGCUCUUUAAUGUAUUUCGAUUAAGUUACUUAAUCUGACGAUGAUAAAAUCUAAUAUAAUACUGCUUCCUCCCUCUCUGUCAUCGACGGAAGCCGAG